AUGCAUCUACACCCGUCUGAUAAAUGCAUCGUACCUUUUCCGAUUUCCAAUACGAGCCUUGCUAUCUCUCACCAGCCACCACAGAACAUACAUGCAGUGCAAUACAUCACGGCCAGCCGACACACAUGGAUAAAUGCAUGCUCAGGUGCUCCAUUUGAUCAAAGCGUCGGGACGCGCGGUUAUGAGCUGAUGCUGGGUGGCGGAAGGAACAUUGCGAGGUCUCCUAGGCGCUUCUCAUCCUCAUGA